CUUACUUUGUGGUUGUUUCAUUUUGGAAUUCGGUGGCUAAGAUGAACAUCAACUCGUCCGCGCUGAUCUCGCUCACGUUGGACGGUCAAGUGACCCAGAUCGCAUGGGGUGACCUGGUCGCGCAGGUGACGGCGCACUCGGCCCCGACGGACUCUGUCGACUUGUUCUGGCUCGUGUUUGGCGGCGUGCUGGUGUUCCUCAUGAUGCUCGGGCUGGCGCUGCUCGAAAUCGGAUGUGUCGGCGCCAAGAACACCAAGCACAUCAUGUUCCGUAUCCUCGGGGACUUGUGCAUCACUGGGCUCACGUACUACUCGGUCGGGUACGGCUUUGCCUUCAUGGGCGGCAACGGCUUCAUCGGCAGCUCGGGCUUCUUCAUGUCUGGCAAUGACUUUGUCCAAGCCACGACGGACAAGCUGUUCAGAGGACACCACUACGCAGACUGGUUCUUCCAGUGGGCCGUGGCAUCGGUUGCGGUCAACAUCUGCUCGGGCGCGAUCGCCGAGCGCGUGUCCAUAGGCGCGUACUUUAGCUACACAUUCGCGUCCAGCUUGUUCAUCUUUCCCGUGUGUGCCCAUUGGAUUUGGUCCGAAACGGGCUGGGCCAGUGCGUUCAACGUGCACAGUCCGAUGUUUCGCGUCGGCGCGAUGGACUUUGCAGGCACGGGCGCCCUUCACAUGUUUGCCGGCACUUCCGCCUUGGUCGGGUGCAUCCUUCUCGGGCCUCGCCGCGGACGCUUUGGCGCGAACGCGGUGGCGUUGCCCAAGCAGUCGGUCUUGUUCCAGUUCAUGGGGGUGAUGCUGCUCUGGUUUGGCUGGUACGGGUUCAACUGCGUGAGCACUCUGAGCUUGGAAGGAACGAAAGCGGACGCGAUGGCCAAAGUAGCGGUGAACCUGACCUUGUCUGCAUGCACCGGUGGCAUCAUGACUGUCUUGCUCAUGUACUGGAGCCACAAAGUAUGGGAUAUUGAAGCCGGCAACAACGGCAUCUUAGCUGGAUGUGUAGCGGUCACUGGCUGCUGCCCAGUGAUCGAGCCAGCGGUGGCAGUAGCCCUCGGCGCCGUCGGCUCCCUCGUCUACGUCGGAGUGGCGAAACUCGUCGCCAAGCUGGAAAUCGACGACGCUGUGGACGCCGUGCCCGUGCACUUAGGCUGUGGCGUACUUGGCACCAUCGCUCCUGGCUUUGUGGCGUCUCCCACUGGCGUCAAGAUGUUCUACGGAUCGGAAUCUUGCGGGGUUUUCUACGGCUGCGACACUGGUGGCAACCAACUCGCCGCCCAAGUCGUGUAUGCUGUAGCUGUGUUUGCGUUUGUAUCUGCGACAGUGGCCACGGUGUUCCUGGCCGUGCGCCACUUUGGGACGCUGCGGGUAUCGGACGAGGCUGAACGCAUGGGCCUAGAUGGGUAUGAACAUGGAGGGUCGGCGUACGAUUCCCAAGCGGAUGACGCCAACUCGAUCACGAAAAGCGGAGAUGACGAUGGAUUCUUGCACGUCAAAUCGCCCGUGGAAGUGUAGGAUGUAGUAGUAGUAGUACUAUGUAGAUCGAGUCAUAUUUUAACUUACUAUUAGUAAGGGUUUCGGUUGGACCACAUAUGGA